AUGACAGACACGAAAGGUCUUGGCAAAACAGAUCAAGAAGGAAACUCUUCGGCUUCAGCGCCAACAGAGCUUCCUCCUUCAUACGAUAUCGCUCUAUCUCAAUCUGAGUCUCAACAGCAAGAUCAGUCACAAGUUACAGGGAAUUUUCCUAUUCUUGUUCUCGAUGGCACAAAGAUCUAUUGA